AUGUCCAGGUAUGGAAGGCAAAGAAGCUGUCUCAAAGUUCCUUGUAAAAAACGCUCCCCCGUCUGUCUACUAUAUUCCUGAUUUUAUAACACCUGAAGAAGAAGAGGUGCUCAUCUCAUGCAUCGAAAAUGCACCACAACCAAAAUGGACAGUCUUGCUCAAUCGGCGUCUGCAGAUGUAUGGCGGUGUUGUUGGGAAGAAAGCUCUUAUCCCUGCCGAUGAUAUUCCACUGGAGCUCAGCUAUCUGAUGAAGAAAAUUGAUGAGUUACACUUCUUCCCCACCACAAAUCAUGCGUUGAUCAACGAAUAUAAACCCGGCCAAGGAAUUAUGCCACAUACGGAUGGACCGGCUUUCUAUCACGUUGUCUCAAAUGUGACCAUGGGUUCUCACGCACUUCUGGACUUCUAUAGGCCGAUCAAUCCUGAGCAUGCCGAAAGCGAUGACGAACGAUAUAUCGGUUCGAUGCUUCUGCAGCCACGCAGUCUUUUUCUCAUGACAGAUGAUGCGUAUGAAAAACUUCUUCAUGGUAUCAAAGAGGUAACAGAAGACGUCAUCGAUGACAAGGUUUUCAAUCCUGGAGAGCAGUUAGGAAAAACAUUAACACGUGGUACAAGGUUUUCCUUCACAAUUCGCCAUGUUCCAGUGGUGUCCAAAUUAAGCGUUGGAGCACUGCUAACGAAAAAGACGUGAUCCACAAAUGCAUAUCUGGGCAGUCUUCCAAAGAAACAAAAUGUCGCCUAUAUGUUUACAUUUAUGCCAUUUUGCCGGUGAUGGGUUAUUUGAGGUUUUUGUACUUUUUCAUAUCUCAAAGAUUCAUUCAUAAAAUUAUUUGACAAA